AUGUUCCCUUCUUGGCCGAGCCCCAUCUCCUUGUACGGCGGUUUCCUCCACCACCGCCUCUCCGCCGUCGACCUCUCUCCUCAAACCCUCGACAUUGACGACCAAACCACCAUGCACUUCUGGGGCCCAAACCCGAACCCGAACCCACCACCGCCUCCGAAGCCCUCACUAGUCCUCAUCCACGGCUUCGGCCCGCACGGCGUCUGGCAAUGGCUCCCGCAGGUCCUGUUCUUCGCCGCGCAUUACCGCGUCUACGUCCCCAGCCUCCUGUUCUUCAGCGGCUCCACCACAAAAUCCCCCGACCGGUCCGCGGGUUUCCAGGCGAAGUGCGUGUCGGAGCUCUUGGAGAAACUCGGCGUCCGCGAGUUUUCCGUGGCGGGGACCGGGUAUGGCGGGUUCGUGGCGUACGAGGUGGCCAGGAUGUGGCCUGGUGAGAGGGUGCAGAAGGUGGUGAUCGCCAGUUGCGCGGUUAACAUGAAGAGGAGAGAUGAGGUGGAGCUGCUGAAGAGGGCCAACGUCGAGAAGAUUGAGGACUUGCUUUUGCCGGCGACGGCGGAGCAGUUACGGACGUUGCUUUCUUUCUCGACUUUCCGGCGGCUUCCUUACCUUCCGGAUUUCGUGUUCAACCAUCUUCUUCAGAAAUUAUAUGUUGAAAAUAGGGAAGAGAAGCUGAAACUACUAGAAGGAUUGAGCCAUGGAAGAGAUGACACAGUAGACAAAUCUCCCCUUCAACAGGAAGUGUUGAUUUUGUGGGGUGAACAUGAUCAAAUAUUUUUGUUAGAGAAGGCAUUGGAACUCAAAGAGCUUUUGGGUAAGAAGGUCAGAUUGGAAGUUAUUAGGAGUGCUUCGCAUGUACCUCAACUCGAACAUGGCACCCGAUUCAACAACAUUGUCAAUCAUUUUUUACAUUCUUCACAAUAAUAUAAAUAUAAUGUAUUAAGUAUUAUUUAUUCAAAA